GUCACGGCCUUCCAAAAGCCACACUGCCCUUCCUUCCCCUUUUAUAUUUCCUUCUCCUCUCUUCUUCACCAACCGCUCUCGUAGUCUCCGCCUCCUCCUUCUUCCUCAUUCUCUGUCUUUUCUGUGAAAACAAAAAACAAAAUGGCGACCGUGCGACUCUCUUCCACUAGCAUGACCAAGGCGGUUCUUAGAAGCCAGCCUACCAACAAGCUCAACGUUACCAAGAGCCAGCAAUUCUCAAUUGGAUCAGUCAAUAAAGUCUCAAGAUCCUUUGGCUUGAAAUGCUCAGCGAACUCUGGUGCCACGAUGUCGGCUGUAUACAAGGUCAAGCUCAUAGGACCCGAAGGCCAAGAAAACGAGUUCGAGGUCCAAGACGACCAGUACAUAUUGGACGCAGCUGAAGAGGCAGGAGUUGACUUGCCUUAUUCUUGCAGAGCCGGUGCGUGUUCCACUUGUGCUGGUCAGAUCAAGGAAGGCCAAGUUGACCAGUCUGAUGGUUCGUUUCUUGAGGAUGAUCACUUGGAGAAAGGUUUUGUCUUGACUUGUGUGGCUUACCCACAGUCAGACUGUGUGAUCUAUACACACAAGGAAACUGAACUCUUCUAAGUCUGGUCUGUGUUUGGUAUGAUGCAAAUUGGUUAUUCGGUCAUCGAAAAUUUGUGUGUUUUUAAGGUCAACUUGUAUGGAAACGUUUCAGGAUAUGCCUUUUAGUGUUCAUCAAACCGGGUUGCAACUGGUUAAUAAAGUGGUUUAAGUGUUAACCAAUAAUUCUGGUUUUUUUUGUAAGUUUAUUUCUUAAAAUAUAUCAUAUUCUGGUAUUCAGAUUGAAUUUAAGA